UAUAUGAGUACACAGCCUAUUCCUGGUUUUACACAAGUCAGCACCACAGAUAUAUUUCCUAGGCAAGGAUCCUCAAGUGAAUCAGAAGGAGAUAGUGAAAGGUCGCCACCAUCUUACAGAGCGAACAGUUUUGCUGCUGAUGACAGUUACGGUAUUAUGGGCGGGAAUUUCCCGCCUCUAGAACUGAUGGCCAUGUUUACUGCUGCCGCCAUGCAUGACUAUGAUCAUCCAGGUCGUACAAAUGCAUUCCUAGUUGCCACACACGCACCUCAGGCUGUACUAUACAAUGAUCGCUCAGUUCUAGAAAACCACCAUGCUGCGUCUGCUUGGAAUCUGUUCCUGUCAAGUCCCGAUUUUAACUUCCUGUCAGGUCUUGAUCAGGCGGAGUUUAAGAGGUUUCGUUACCUUGUUAUUGAAGCUAUCCUCGCUACAGAUCUAAAACGCCAUUUUGAAAUAUUAGCGGAAUUUAAUGCCAAAGUAAAUGAUGACCAUGCUGUUGGUAUUGACUGGACAGUAGAGACUGACCGACUACAGGUGGCACAGAUGGUUAUAAAACUCGCUGAUAUAAAUGGUCCAGCUAAAAUUAAAGAUCUACACACGUCCUGGACUUACAGAAUAGCUGAAGAAUUCUAUGAACAGGGUGAUGAAGAGUCUAGAUUAGGAAUGCCCAUAUCUCCUUAUAUGGAUAGAAGAAAUCCACAGUUACCUAAACUCCAGGAAACAUUUAUAAAUCACCUGGUGGCGCCACUGUGUAACUCUCUAGUUACAGCAGGUCUAUUACCUGGUACCUGGGUGGAGGAAGACAGUGACAAUGAAGGUGAAUCCGACACAGAAAAAGGUGAUAAUAUGAUGAAAGACACUGAAGACGAGACCGAGACUGAUACUGAGUGUGGUACGUUGAUGAACAAGCCAGUGAAGAAACCUAGAAAGAUAAACUGUAUACUAACAAAGAAUAUGAAAGAUAACCAUGAGAUGUGGGUGGCCAAAAUACAAGAGGAUGAGCAACAGAAAUCUCUGUCUGAGAAAUUAGAAAAUAUUCAACAGGAAACUGUUUGUCUUGAAAAGUCAGAAAUGGAACCGAUCAAAGAGGAAUCUGAGUCUCCAAAUUCCACGUCUCCAACAUCACGUAUCCCAAAAUCCUCUGCUGAAGAGCCUAGAUCUGAAGAAUCCUCAGCAGACGUAAAACCAACGUCAGCAGACGACAUUGAAAGUCAACCUGGAGAUAAAACAUGAACAAUUUGUCGUUUGUUAGGAAAUUGAGAGGAAGUGCUAAACACUGUUGAUUUCAAUCUAUUUGUAGCAUUAUUAGGUCGUAGUUAUUUAUAUUCUUGUUAAAGAUUAGACAUGCGUGUUCAUACAUGUAUUAUUUUUGUUUUAGCUGUUGAUAUACAUGUACAUUACAAACCUUGUCAACAAAAUCCAGGAAUGUGAUAAUACUCUAUAAUUCCACUAUGGAAUCAGGAUUGUGCUCUUCGUAUUGGAGAUAAGAGUCUACACUCUUCAAUAAGGAGAUAGAAAAUGUACUUGUUCCUCCAUAAGGAAGAGUAUUUUGUUACUUUUUGACACAGAAUGUUCAUGCCAAAAGCAGAUGUUAGAUUUGGAUUUAUAAGUAGGCAACAUAACAGAAAUUUAGAGUAUCUGUCAACUUAAGUGUGUGAAGCACAUGUCAGUUUUGAGAUUAUGAAGGAUACAGUUAUCAGCUCAUAGGUCUGAAAGCCGUAUGUAAAUCUUAAAAUCUGAUACUAGAUGUUUGCUUUGGGAUUUUUAAAAAAAUUAUAAUGCGAACUUUCAAACAUCAAUUUUAAGUUGGAAUAGCAUAAAUGGACUUAAGGUCUUAAUGGCAGAUUUGAACAUACAAGUUAAAAUCGAUGUUCACUUAAAUGCAAUCAGACAAUAAUUUAAGAAUUGAAAGACGAUGCCAACCAUAUUAUGUAUAAGCUGAAAAGCAGAUGUCAUUUAAAGGUUUUAUAUAAAUGCUGAAGGGUUACAUUAGCUUUACAGCAGACUUGAAUUUGAAAGCAGACGUCAAUUUGACAGCAGACGUCAAUUUGACAGCAGAUUGCAGAUGCUUACAUCGAUUUCAUGUAAUGUAGAGCCUUGCAGAUGUAAUGUAUAUCCCAAUUAUAGGAAAUUUAAAAUUCAUUUGACAAUAUAGAGUCCAGUUAUUCAUACUGUUCGGAGGGUAUUUUUUUUAUCCCAGUAUGAAAAAUGUGCGGUCUUUACUAUUGACAGAACUGAAUACCUCUAUUAAGCUGCAAUAAUGUAUUGAUCAUAAAUUAUAUCUUAUGCCAGUAUUUUUUUUAUACUUUCAAAUGUUAACCAUGAGUCCAUUUAAUAUUUUACUCACUAGAGACGGAAAAAAAAAAAUAUGAAGUUAUGAAUGUGACCGAAGGAGAUUGCUAGUUUUAGACAAAAUAUGCCAAAAUUGUAAUAUUCAUAUACCGCAAUAAUCUUUUAUCUCCUUGUGAUUAAGGUCGUUGACUUCAAACCACUUGCCCCUCACCGCUGUGGGUUCGAAUUCCGACAGGGCCUUUUGGUUCUUUUAUGUGAGGGAGCAAUGGGUUAUCACUUUCGGUACUGGCAGAAUUAGGGUAAGCAUAAUGGAUAUUGACAUAUAAAAAUGGCAAUGUUACACGUUAGAAAUAAAUCAUUUUCAUACUUUUCUAUUUUGUUAUUUAAGCAGACAUUUUAAAAGUGUUUAGGGGUAAAAUGGGUUUAUUAUGUAUAAAAUUUACUGUUUGACUUCUUUUUAGCGGUAAAUAGCGGGUAACAAACAUUUUUUAUUCAGAAUUGUUUUGUUCACUCUGUAUUGCCUAUUUUUUAUGAAUGGAUUUCAAUUCUUUGUAGGGAUUGACGGUACAAAGAAAAUUGUUCUGCUCGCAUUGCCAAAUUCAUUCUCUUUUAUUCUGAUUUUUUUUUUUAAAGGUUUUACAAAUAUUCUCAAUAACCUUGUUUUGUAAUUAUUUCAUUUUUUGCUCAACAGAUAUCACAGGAUGUGAUUGUUUUACAAACACACCCCUCCCUUCUUUAUUAACUAAUUAUAUAUAGAAAGUCAUACUUUUUUAUGGCUUAUGUACAUUGGUUGUCCAUUGCAACUUCUGCUCGCUGAAAUCUUAUUUUAUUAUUAAAACAAAAUGAAUACUUUAUUUUGUGAUGCAUAUAAUUAUAAAUCAACAAAAUUUACAAAAUCCGUUUUUCUCUGAUUCUGUGCAUUGGAACAUCCUGAAUAUUUUAAUUCCGUUAUUUUAUAUUGAUAUUAUAUAUAUAAAAUUAUCAUAUUUACAAACAGUGAUCUGAACAAUAAGGGUAAUCUCUUGCUAAAGUAAUUUUCUACUGUUACUUUAUGAUUAUUGUACACUGUAAUGUCAUAUAAAUAUUUUCAGGCAUAUUUUUUUAGAUUAAUCGUCAUACUGCUGAUUCGUAUUCAAUCUAAUUUGAAUCACAUCUCUCGAUUUAUUUCCCGGCACAUUCAUUAUGUUAUAAAAAUUCUGGAAAUGGAACCCACAAGAGCAAAAGCAAUAUUGUUGUAUUGUAAGUCACAGACUCUUUUUUUUUAAGAGAUUAGUGGUAAUACAAUGAUGCAACAUCUCUUACGUCCCCCUAGCCGUUGUGUGCAUUCUUGUCUAUGCCACCACUAUAGAGUUAAGGCAGUUGUGCACAACCUUAUCUUUGCCAUUAGUAAAGAGUUAGGCUGUUGUUCAAAUCCUUAUUGUGUGACAACAGUGCACUUCUCAGCUGCUUAAUUUAGCAUUUUGGUGUCAAAAUUGUUACACGUAUACAAUAGUCAAUUGGAAUUUCAAAGCAGGGCAUGCCCAUUUCACAAAAUUUUAUAUAACAGGCAUGAAUAAGUUCUAAGGUCUGGUUUGAAUCUGAACACUGGUUUAAGAUAACUGGUUUUCUUGCAUAAAGACAUCAUGAAAAUAACACCAAACUUUUUUAUUUUCUUUUUUAUUUUGAUAAUAAAGGGUCGUUCUUUGAGAGAGAUGAUUUCCAGUUAGUAUUCCGGAUAUAUCUAUGUGCCAUAACCAUGCUUAUGUCAUUUUCAUUUCAUACGCUCGUGAAAAAAAAAAAACUUGCAUUCUUUGUAAAAUGAGGUCAUAUUGUGGUGAUAUUUUGCGGGGCUUAUACCUUGUUUUUUUUUUUGUACCCCGUGUAAUCCUUGUGUAUAUCCUUUUUUGUACAGAUUUAUUCAAAAACCCUUGAACCCUUUAGCUCCCUGCCCCCUUUUCCCCAUCCCCCAUGUUACAUGUCUUAGCAUAGACCCAUUUGUUCCAUUUAAAUGAUUUCUAAUAAUAAUUUUUUGAAAAGUGUACCAAAUUGGUCUAUGAUGUUUGUAAAAGGUUCUCUUUUUUGUAUAUUAAAUGGUGUUGUAACUAUUUCUUACUUAAGAUCCAUAGAUUUUUGUCAGUUUGUAAAUAGAUAAUUACGUAAUUUGUACAGUUUUAAUAUUUAUUAUACAAGGGAGGUAACUUAAUUUACCUUGUUUUACAUUAAUUUCUUUUUUAUGUGCUUUUUACCUCUCUUUGACUGUGUAUCUGUAUUUAUGGCUUUCAUUUUACAAGCUGGGCUUGUAUAGAUUAUUUAUUUUUGAAAAAAAAACUAUUUUCUGUUCAUGAUUUUUCCUAUAAUGUAACUUUUUUUUCUUCCAAAGUGAUGAUAUUCAAUUGUUGCAUUGCUUAUGUCAAAAAAUUUCAAAUCUACAUUUCUUUUCCAUGGUAUCUUUUAAGUAGAUUUUUUAUUUAUUAAAUUUAUGUUUAAACAUUUUUCUUGAGGUUUCAAGAAUUCAUUCUUAUCUGUUAAGUAAGGGACACUGUACAACUGAUUGUUUUUUGUUGGUUUUAUAAUUUUCUGUUACAAACUGUUGGGUAAUUUUUUUUUCAGGCAACUACUCCAUGAAUCAAACAACUUAAGUUAUAUUUUUUUAAAGAGUUGUCUCCCUGCAACCACUUUUUGUCUAUUUUUAUCUUAAUUGAUUAUUGUUAAUGUGAUACAAUCGAAAUGGCAUUAUUAGAACUAUUUUGUAUAUAAUUAGUUUGGCCUAAUGAAGUUUUUUUCCUUUUUUACACAAACCAGACUGGAACCAGUCAGAAUUAUUUUUGCCUGCCGUUGACUGGUUUAAAAUUUAUACCAAUUGUUAACCCAUUACUUCAUAGCAUUUUUUGAAAAUGGCUCAAUUUUCAUUGAAAAGCCUCCUGUUACAAGUUCAAAUUGCUAUGAAACUAUAAAAAAGGCUUUAAUACUGUUCAAACUUGGCACAAAUGUUGAUUGGACCAUAUCCUUUGUAAUGGCAUACUCAAUCUUAAAUUUCCUGUUACAUAGGCAAUGAGGGGACACCUCAAAAUUGCCAAAGACACUAUUUUGCGUUUUCCAUCAAAACUGAUUUUUCAAAGUGCUGCAAUUUCUCAGUGGAUUGAGAUAAAGUCAAAGGCUUUUCAGUGUUGGUUACACGUUACCUUAAGGUAGACCUGGGGCCAUUUUUAGCCUCUCACAUGUCCAAAGUUUUGUAGGAUAUUUGAUAGGGGAUGGCACCGAAAUAGUAAUCACCUUUUUUAACACCAUUUCUCGAAUGAAAACAAGUGUUUGGGGUCUAAAUUGGGCAUAUUUUCACUAUUUGAGGCUUCAAAAAGGGGUGUGUGAAAAGGAGUAACAAGAGGUCUAUAUGAAGUAAUGGGUCCAGUCAAAUGUAAGACUGGAUUUAGAUCUGCAGUUGCUGUUUUCAGUCAUCAGUUACAUACCAGAAUGCAACCAGUCAGAAUUGUUUUUGCCUGCUGUUGACUGGUUUAAAAUUAAUACAGAUAAAUAACCAGUCAAAUGUAAGACUGGUUCAGCAGUUCCAGUUUUCAAACAUCAGUUCAUAUAAAAUGUGCUAGCAAUAUAUCUUUUUUUUCUAUUGUCAGUUUUGUACAUCAAGUCACAAUAUUUUGUAAGUUUCAUUAUUUGUGAGCUAUUUUUAGAAAAUUCUCUUUUCUUUAAAUACGGUAUUAAAUUUUUCUUUAUUUACUAUUUCUUGUAACUCUUUGUAAAUGAAAAUUUACCAAUUAAGUGGUUCAAAAACACAGUGCUAAUUAGGAUUUGGAUCAUUUUCAACAUGACUCGAAGAUUUGUUAACUUCUAAAUUGAAUUGUGGGCAUAAUUGUUCUUCUAAACUUGGAAUACUUGCUUAUUACGACAAGAUGCAUUUGGGGCAUAAUUCUUGAAGCAAAAAUUUUUGAGUAAUGCCCCUUUUUAACUUGAAUUUUAAAAAGACCAAUGUUAACACUGCAUGUAGUGCUCUUGUUUAAAUUUCAAAUUUGCUAAAUGUUAAUAUAUGGCUUAUCCGGUUUAUAGGUGAUAUUGUAUAAUAAUUAGGAAAUGAUCGAAAACAUUGUUAGUGCUUUUUGCUAAAAUAUACUAUUUUUAAAUGCAGUGCUGAAGUAUAAAAGGCGGAAUAAUAUAUGGGGUAACUUUUUUCGCCAGAUGAAUUUCAUGAACUAUAGGCUUUAGGCUUUAUCUAAGCUUGCUUUUAUUGGCUGAUUUAAUGUGAAAUACAAAUGCUGUUUAGAAAUUCAUCUCUUUGCUUUAAUUGCCAUACCAAAUAGCUUUUAGGUGACUGAAAAUUAAUUUUUAUUUAUUAUUGACAUUUUUUUAAUAAAAUAAAAGCUAAACAUGUGGGGUUUUUAUUAUGUAAAUGACAAUUUUGUGAUUUUGACUUUGUAAUUGAAAUCUUUAAAUUCCCUGUUGUUUCAUGAUAGACCCACUGUAUAUUUAUUACCUGUAAUGCCUAACUCUUUGUAUUUGUUCAUCUGGAUCAAAGGGUAAAUGUUGUUAACAAGGUAUUUCAUUUAUAUAUUAUAUGUUUAACAAAUUAAAUCUACAUAACAUAAAUAAUCGUUCAGCAAGGCCUAAUUGUAUUUUUUCUGUGCAGCAUCUAUAAUUAUAAGCUUCUUGUUCAAAGUUUUUUUCUUGAAAUAUUACACUUAAUAUCCAUCACAUUCUAGAUGUUUACGGUGCUGAUGGUUAACUUUCAUUGUACCAAUGUAGCUCUAUGUAUUAUUUGAUCAAAGGGUCAAAAUACGAUGUGUCAAAAUAUACGUGUCUGCUUAGAUUUUGAAACAGUCUAAUAAUACAUAGAUUUGAGGCAAAUCAUUUUAGUAAAUUCUAUAACCUUUUUUCCUGCAGAAAAUUGUGCAAUGGACAUUGCUUUGCUUUGAAUUUUGGAACAGUUCAUUGGAAAUGUAAGGGGUUUCAGUAUGAAAAUAUUUAAGAAAUUUUUCAAUAACAAGCAGCUUUCUUAAAGUAUGGUUAGAACUGCACAGGUGCCAGAUUGCUUAGAUGGCCUAGUUGGCCAGGCUUUAAGAUAAUGUUGCGAAAAAUCUGUUAUAGGAGAUAAUUUUAUACAAUUAUAAUAACCCUUCUUCACUAGGCUUCACAAAACAUGUUAUCAUUACUAUGAGCUUAAGCUUUUAGAGCUUUAUGAUUGGUCUAAAAUUUGAAGUUUUAUCAUUAACUUAGACUGGUUUUUAUUAAAUUUUUAGACUGUGUUAAUUAAGAUUUUUUAUCCGUGGAAAGCUUUAAAAAGGCAUAUUUAUUUAAGAGCCUUUAUUAUAAUAAAAGUAUUUCAUUUUUGCCAAAUUGAAUUAUUUCAUUGGUUGUUAUUUGACUGAACAUUUAAAGGGACGUCCUUUCAGAAUAACAAAGUUUCUUUUAUGAUACUGUAUUUUAUUAUCAAAGCAUUCAAAGUGCAAAUUGUUUAAAUGAAAUAAGACUCCCUAUAAGAUUGAAAUCUAAGUAUUUUUUUUUACAUAUCUUACAUACAAUGUAUCUAAAGCAGUAUUGGAUCUUAAGUAUUCUAAAAAAUCACCCAACAAAAUGUUAUACAUGUAAAAAAAAUAUUGUUUAAUCAAAAAAAAAAUUUAAAUUCCAUCGAAACAUUUUUCUAAUAUUAAUUUUUUUUCCUUGAGAGAUGACUAAGGAAAGAAUGGAAAGUUUUUUUUUUUAAAAAUCAGAAACUUUUAUAUUUAAAGAUGUACAUGUAUAAAUAUUAUAUAAACAAGAUUUUCUGGAGGUAUGUCCCUUUAAUAUAUAUUUUUACCUUCAUUAUGAAGAAUUUAUUAAGGUUUAAAAUUUGUUUAGAACGUAGAUAUAAAUGUCCUGGGUAACAUGUAUAAUAAAUCAUUCUUGGUAACUUAUUUCAGUAUUUUUUGACAGCUGUGAAUGUUAUUUAAAAACUGCAUGGUUUUUCCAUGUUUGUUCGAAAUGUGUUGAAAUAAUGUACUAAGAAUAAUUAGUGAAUUGAAAUAGUGUUAUAGUUUGGACAAAUUUAAGUGAUUAUGUUAAUUGCAAUUAAAUUUGAUAUUUUUUCAUGUAUACUUUUCAUUUUGUGUAUGCAAAACAAAUACCAGUAGGCUUUAAUUAGAGAAAAAUUAAAUGUAUAUUACAUUGGAUUUUUGAAAUGUAAUUUUGUUAGGAUUCAUCUAAAAACUGUAAUUCUUCUAAAAAAAUGUAAUUUGAUAAAAAUAUAAUUGUGUGUCAAAAAUCUGAAAACAUUUCGUAUAUUGAAUUAAUGAAUUAAAAAAGAAACCAUAAGAAAUUGAAAUGUUUUAUAGAACUGGUGUUAAAAUAAAAAAAAUUAAAAAAUUAACAUAUGAAGCUUUAAAUAUGCAGGCCUAUAGUAUAAAAACUUUAACCUAGGUAUUUGUCUUGCAUUCACAGUAUGUUUUUACUCCAUGACAUGUAGCUAUUCUUUGUGUGUCAAUUGAAAUUUUUUUAUGUAACUUUUUUGUCUGUUAAAAGCUCGUUUUUGUUCUACUCUUUAUUUUUUUUCUUAUACUGUUAUAUUAGAUUUUACUCAAUUGAAUUAGUACAGAGUCCUUCACUGAUUGAAGACUGCUGUUAAAAAAAUAAAUUAUUAUGAAUGUU